AUGGCGGCCAAUUUCUGGCAGUCCUCUCACAGCAAGCAGCUACUGGACCCAGGCGCAGUGGCGCGCUUGCUGCAUGCGGAGGACGACCGUAUGGGCCUCUCGCCCUCUGACGUGCGCCUGGUCAAGCUGCACAUGGUUGUGGCCACCGCCAUUGCCUACUUCCGCCGCGUCUAUGUCAAGAAGUCGUUUGCGGAGGUGGAUCCGCGACUGGCAGCGCCGGCAGCACUGUACGUGGCAGCCAAGGCGGAGGAGUGCACGGUGCAGGCUGUGAAGCUGGUGCACCGCAUGAAGAGCCACGCGUGCAUGUGCGGGCAUGGCGCCAUGGGCUACGAGGUGAAGGACGUACUAGCCAUGGAGAUGCGCCUGCUGCAGGCGCUCUCCUUCAACCUCAUCGUCUUCCACCCCUACCGCCCUCUCUCCACGUCUGUUCUCUUGCCUUCUCACCCCUUCUUGCUCCUUCUUGCUCCUUCUUGCUCCACAUCGUCUUCCACCCCUACCACCCCUCUAUGCGUCUGUAUCCCUUCACCUUUCCUCUUCUUCUCUCGCUUCCUUCUUGUCUUUCACCCGAGCAGCCCCCUCACCACGUCAGUACCCCCCCACCUAAGACAAUUCUGGAAUGUGACUGUGACUCCACCGCCCGUCUUCUCUCUCUCUUCUCUCGUUUCCCCCUCGUGCAUCCCUCAUGCAUUCAGUGCAUCCCUCAUGCAUUCAUGCAUCCCUCAUGACCUGCACCCACUCUCCGCUCUCUUCUGCGCUCGCAAUCGUGUCUUGUGUUCUCUCUCUCUGCCUUUCGUCUGCUGGCGCCUCACCCUUUCCUGUCACGUCUCGUCCGCUUGUCGCCCCUACUCCUCCGUUCCCUUCAUGAGCAGAGAGCUAAGCCUCUCUGCGAAUGUGAAGGAGGAGUUGGCUCAGAUGGCCUGGUGGGUGCCACAGCCGUGUGCGUGUGCUUGUCUCCCUGCCCCUUGCCAUCCCCACAUGCUCUUGGGCGCCCACCAUGCUCUUGGGCGCCCACCAUGCUCUUGGGCGCCCACCAUGCUCUUGGGCGCCCACCAUGCUCUUGCGCGCCCACCAUGCUCUCACGCCUUCUUGCUUCCAUCCCGCAUUCCCAUCACCAUGCCUCGCAAACCCUCCUCUCCUCCCCUGUCCCCUCACUCCACCUUCCCUCCACCUCCCUCUCCCCCUCCCCCCCCACUCCUCCCUCUCCCCACUGCUCUUAGCUCAAUGGUGAAUGAUUCAUUAAAGACGGACCUGUUGCUGUGCAGCUGUGCCACCCGCCGUUCCCUCAUGCACUGCACGCACCGUGCCCCUCUCCCCCCCCAUUCUCCCCCCCAUUCUCCCCCCCAUUCUCCCCCCCAUUCUCCCCCCCAUUCUCCCCCCCAUUCUCCCCCCCAUUCUCCCCCCCCAUUCUCCCCCCCCAUUCUCCCCCCCCAUUCUCCCCCCCCAUUCUCCCCCCCCAUUCUCCCCCCCCAUUCUCCCCCCCCAUUCUCCCCCCCAUUUCCCUCCUGCCACAUCCCUCAAGUCAAUGGUAUGGUGGAGGUGCAUCAGGUAUGGUGGAGGUGCAUCAGCUAUGGUGGAGGUGCAUCAGGUAUGGUGGAGGUGCAUCAGGUAUGGUGGAGGUGCAUCAGAGCAAUGUCAACAUCUCUUUUGGACCUGUAUGAAGAAUUCUCAUCGCCCCCUUUCCCUCGUCAACCCCUCACCUGUUACCCCCUCCCCUCAUCAUCCACAAUGCAGGUGAGGGCAGUGUCAACAGCGCUCUUGGACCUGUAUGAGGAGUUCUCAUCGCUCACAGAGGAUCAGAUCUCAGCUGCUGUCGGCAAACUGCCCAUGCGCCUGCCCUAG